CUAGUUUACCCCGGAUAGUUAAAACCAGGCGGUGCACACUCCACACAUGGCCUGACUGCUUCAAGGCUCAACCACCACCACCCCAACAAGCCGAAGCUCACCAGAAACCCAAGAAUCAACACCAUCAUGGGCUCAACAGCGGCAAACAACCCACUCGAUAACAUCGACCUCACCCAGCCUGAAGCCAACCAGGAUGAACAGGAUCCCAACUCAGAAGAGCAGUCCUCAACAGAACUCCAACAGGAAACUCUCCGGAAUGAGAAGGCAACUCUCGAAGCUCAGUAUGGCGCCCUACUGGCAAAACUCACCACGAUGCGAACCACACUGGGAGACAAACUGCGUCAGGAUGCUGAUGAGCUAGACAGAAGAGAACAACAGAUCUGUCAACUCCAAGCCCAGAACGAAGAGCUCAUCCUGACCACUGAAAACUUGAAGACCGAGCUGAUUUCAUCUAAUGAAGAAACCGAACGAUUGCAUGACGAACUGGGUCAGAUUCGCUCGAGGAUGCUGGAUCAUCAGAGACAGCUGGACUCGGAAAGUUAUGAGCGGGAGGAAGCCUACCGAGAGAGUCAGGAUGAAAUCGAACGUCUCAGGAACCAGCUCGAGGAUAGCAAACGGGAGAUCAUGAACGAGGCCGUCAAGCGUGAACAAGCCGAUUCAGGAUCCAGAGAACGGGAUAACAUUAUUGCUGAACUGAAAAGAGAACUCGAGUUCGUCAAAGAAGAUCGGGAUCUGCAAGCUAGGAGUGCCAGCAACCUUCAAUCAGUAUUGGAAGAAUUCCAGUCAGCCAAAGAAUCUGAAAUCCAAUCGGUCGUUGGGGAUACCCAAGCUCGGCUUGUGGAGGCAGAAACAAGGCUGCUAGUUUCCGAACAAAAAGCAAAAGACGCUGAAGCUAAACUAGCGGCCAGCGAGUCAGGUGCAGCACAAUGCGAAUCACUCAAAAAAGAAAUCAAGGAGAAGAACCUGCUUGUUGGCAAGCUUCGACAUGAAGCGGUCAUACUCAACGAGCAUCUCACCGAGGCUCUACGUCGACUGAGGAAAGACAGCACAGAGUACAGUGUUGAUCGACGACUGGUUACCAACGUCUUGAUUUCAUUCAUUCUGACGCCAAGAGAAGACACCAAAAGAUUCGAGAUGCUGUCAUUACUGUCGAGCAUAUUAUCCUGGAACGAAGACCAACGAGAGCAAGUUGGCCUCCAACGCUCGAGCUCAUCGGCCCAGAAAGCCGGCCGUCAGAACCCAGGCUCCAAUUCGCCCGCCACUGCCAGCCGGGAUACGUUGGGAGACAACGACACGAUCACCGACCAAUGGGUCUCCUUCUUGCUCCGCGAAGCCAAUUCCGCCAGUCCUACUGCUACCCGCUCCCUCUCUAAUCUCUCCCUUACCUCCCCUUCUACAAUCAGUAAUCCUAACAAGUCUCCUAUCUCCACCCGCAUCUCCCCCGAUGGCGUCAAAUUGCCUUCGUCACCUGGCUCUACUCUAUCCACUCUAUCCACACUCACUCGGCCAACUUCUGAAUCCUCUUAAUCAUCUCUUCCUUUCGCUACCUAUUUAACCUCAUUUUUUGAUUUUUUUUUUCAUGUUUUUUUUUGGCUCUUCCUUCUUGCUAGUCCAUCGUCUUUUUUAUCUUCGAACACAAGUUUCAGUCCCCCUCUUUUCUCAGUUUUACUACUUUUCUAAGGUCAUGGCGUUUUUUUUUUUUUUGAUAGGUUUCCUUACCUUCUUAACCUCAAAAAAUUACUGUAGUGGUUCUUGUUCUUGUUGUUGUUUUCUUCUUUUCUUUCAAUGUACAUUUACUCAUCUCAUUCUUCGACCAACUUUUUUUUUUCUUUCAAAAUCAAUCCUUUAGUUCCAUUUAUCGAUUUUUUUUGGUUGGUUUGUUGUAAGUUAAGAUAAUAGUUACACACAUGAAAUUUUUGAUAUCU